AUGCCUUCCAAAAGAGGGCGUCAAGCGCUCGAAGCAUCAUCAUCAUCCUCUUCCGCCAAUAGCAUGGUGCUGUAUGACUCUUCCAGAUCCUCCGCAGCUUCAUCAAGCCGCACAUCAGUCCACUGGAUCACAAAACGUGUCAGCGGCGUCGGCGCCUUUUUCGCCAAUACAUUCUCUCAAUCGCCAAAGCGUCUCAAGCUCGACUCUCAGCCUGCGGGUAACGGCCAACUACUCCUGACAAAUGGCGCGACAAUGGUGGACUCCACAUCCUACACUCCACCCGCAAGCGGCUUCGUAGACCUCAUAUCAGACUCGGCAGCAGAGUCUUCCAGCUUAGAUACCCGGCUCCUGCUGUCGUCCCAAGAAGGCGCGAUACGUGAUCCGCUCGGUCGCAAGUUCUCGUCGAAUUCAUCGUCGAAUUCAUCCCCAACGGGAGGCCAGGUUGCAAUUGUCGAUACUCGCAGCUCGUCCGUGGAUGAUGCGGAAUCACAGAUCCAGCACACGUCACCCCCUUCCAGUCCGCUUUCCGCAAACGGCACAGACCAUUUACCCGACGGCACUCAGCGGGAUACAAGCCAGCAGUCCUCCCUUCGACACAAAGUCGAUCCCGCAGAUGUCGAAACCGAAUCGACCCCGAAUGUGGAUGACAACCUUGUUGAUGGUCCCGAACCAACAGAUGCCGAUGUCGACCACAUUCAGGCUGUCGCCGAUGCAAAGGUCGGAGAUGGUAUCGAAGGUCCAGUCGAAUGGUCAACAUCACCUCGCGAUGAGGGACCGCAUGCCCUGCGUUCACCACCCUCUGAGCAAGGCAAUGUCUCCGACGAACCGAAUCAGACCCCAAACCACACUCCAUCCGCGGCCAAUGCACCCGACGUCGUGGACCUCGUUUCCGACUCUGAGGACGAAGGAUCGCAGAAUGAAGACCCGGACAAAGAGAACGAUGUGUCCCUCGCAACACCGCGUCUGGACUCACAGGCCACCUUCGCACCCAUUUUCUCAAAUCCCGCUUCAAUAGAGCCGACACGCGUUCGCCAUCCAAGGCAUUCUCUCAUCGGUCCCAUGACCAAGACCGCUCAACGCCAGCUGCGACAAGAGGCCCAGAACGACUCUCUUGACGCUUCUUUUGCGACAUUCAACUCUGACGAGCCAGCAGACAUCUCGGCGAUAGAAGAGGUCCGCAAUGUCGGUCGUCAGACGCAUUUCGUGCAGCCUAAGCGACGCAUCAAUCCGCGCCUUUCCACCCCAUUGGAGCACCUGCGAUCGACCAGCAGAGACCGCUCGUACUCAUUCAGCAGCGACGUUUCGAUGGCCUCCGUCUCUGGGGUUUCGCACAAGACCAAAAGCUCGACCUACAAAAAGCGCGGAUUCAUCUACGAAAAGGAGCAUAAGCGCAACACGGAGCUUUUCAACCAGGCCUCGUUCAAGCAAAAGAUCAGCAAUGCGCUGCAGAACAUCAACCGUCUGCGUUCGGCCGAACGCAAGCCGCGGCUCCAUCGAAAGCACUUGGAGCAGCUCGCGAUCAAGACGGCACAGGUGCAGAGGCUCAUUGCGCAGGACGAUGCCGCAUUGUCCCGGGAUGCCUCGCGAGUCGAGUCCAUCAACGAUCUGGUACAGAAGUUCUUGCGGCAAAAGGAGUUUGAUGCGCAGACGGCUGUGUUGCCGCUUCCGCCGGUCAAGCUGGAGGAGAAGAAGCGGUUGGAGAAGGAGCAGCGGGCCAAGAUGCGAAGGGCGAGGGGUGUGUUGGGUCGAAAGGCGCUGCCCGAGAGGUUAGGGGAGAAGGAGGAAGAGGCGGCAAGGGCGGCGUUCACUACGCGUGGUACCGUCUCUGCGAUUCCUGGCGCGGGGGUGGAAGACCGAGACAUCGCAAAAUUGGGUCCAGGGCAGUGGCUCAACGACGAGGUGAUCAACUUUUACGGCACACUCAUCCUCAUACGUGCCAAUGAAGCCGACAAGAAGCGCACGGAAGCCAUGAAAACCGCCAAAGACGCUCCCGCUCCCAUCACGACGACCGCGGUGACCAACGGUGCUGUUGCGCGCAAGAACGCCAAAUCCAUCCCCAAACGCCCCUACGACUCGUCCCUCGACGCAUUCUGGCGCGUCCACUUUUUCUCCUCCUUCUUCUGGUCCAAUCUCAAGACCCGAGGCUUCGACGGCGUCAAACGCUGGACGCGACGCAUCGACAUCUUCUCAAAGGACCUCAUCCUGUUCCCAAUCAACCUGGGCAACUCGCACUGGGUGUGUGGCGCGAUCAACUUCCGUCGACGUCGAUUCGAGUACUACGACUCGCUAGGGGCGCGGAACAGUUCCGCUUUCACCCUCAUGCGCACCUACGUGACGGAGGAGGCGCGGGACAAGAAGAAGCGCGAGAUCGACUUGCGUGGCUGGGUCGACGUGUUUAGCGAUCAGAGUCCGAGACAGGAGAACGGGUACGAUUGUGGGGUGUUUGCCAGUAUGACGCUGGAGCAGAUCAGUCGGCGUGGCUGGCACACGCCCAUUCCGCUCGACCCACCUAGGAUCAUCUGGAAGGACGAGGGGCUCGACGAGGGAGCGGGCAAGAUGAUGAUCGGAGAGAGAGCGGAGGAGGACGAUGACGAUGACGAGUACGAGUGGAACUUUGAACAGCAAAACAUGCCGUACCUGCGCAAACGCAUGGCUUGCGAGAUCUACUCGAAGCAGCUGCUCGACUAG